AGAAAAAAUAGAAAGAAAAAAAUGAAAGAGGAAAGAAAAAAGAAAAUUUAGGACACAAAAACCUCUUACCUGUGUCAUCUCCUGCUGACCCUCUCAUCGUCGCCGGGCGUUUCCUUCGAUAAAUCGCUGUCUCGAUCAAGCCCUACCAGGUAUUGAGCGAAAUCUUGAAGAUGGGAAGUAAUUGUGCUGAGGACAUGAAAGUUUCAGGGAAUGAUACGGCUGGAUGUUCUGAAACCACCGUUGAGAUAAAGAUCAAGACGCUGGAUUCUCAAACUUACACACUGCGAGUGGAUAAAUGUGUGCCAGUUCCUCAGCUGAAGGAGCAGAUUGCUUCUGUGACUGGUGUCUUGACAGCACAACAACGCCUUAUAUGCCGUGGAAAAGUUUUGAAGGACGAUCAGCUCCUCUCGGCUUACCAUGUGGAAGAUGGUCACACAUUGCACCUGGUUGUGAGACAGCCGGUCAUCCCAUCACCAGACAGCUUUGAUCAUGCAGCAACUGAUCCCACAUCAAGUACCGGGAAUGAUCUAGGCAAUCGAGUAGGUCCUGGUGUUGUAGUUGGUACCUUCAAUAUAUCUGAGCAGGGAGAUGGAGGUUUUCCGGAUCUUAAUCGGAUUGUCUCAACUGUACUUAAUUCUUUUGGAGUUGCAAGAAUGGGAAGUGGUAGUGAAGGGAUUGAUCAUAAUGUAAGAUUGUUGGAGUUAUUCCACUGCAUAUGUCCAUUAGUUCGUUCGACAUUUAAAUUUCUUAACGGAGGAAAAUUUGCAAUCUUGCUAUACUCCCCCGAGUCAACUGAUUUCUUUAUGUGUUUUGCCCAGCAACCUCCAUCAGAAAGGAUUUCAACUGCACCUAGCCUUAGUGGUCUUAGAAACUCUAAUGGACUGCAUUCGGAUCAAGCUGCUUCAAAUGCUAUUCCUGAGGAAUCUCUACAGCCACCGAUUAUUCCUGAUUCAUUGACUACUUUAUCCCAGUACUUAAGUCACUUGAGGCAAGAAUUUUGUACCCAUGCUGGAGGCCAAAGUGGAAGUUUUCAAACCGCUGGUCCAUGUGGCAGUGAUGCGCAAGAUUCGCUUGCUACUUCACGUUCUAGUGAACAGAGAGGGCUUCCGACCCCUGAAUCCUUGGCAGAGCUGAUUCUGUCCGCAAGACAAAUACUUGUUGAACAAGCAGCUGAGUGCUUAUUGCAACUUGCAGGACAACUGCGGGGUCAUGUGAGUGUGACUGAUCCAUUGGAGCGGUCAAGAAUUCAGACUAAUGCUAUAAGAGCAGGAGUUCUUUAUCAAAAUUUAAGUUCUUUGCUUCUUGAACUUGGACGGACAAUCAUGACUCUCCGAAUGGGUCAAACUCCGGCUGAUGCAUUGGUGAAUGCUGGACCAUCCGUUUUUAUAUCAUCAACUGGUCCGAAUCCUAUAAUGGUUCAGCCACUGCCGUUUCAACCAGGAGCAAAUUUUGGGGCAAAUUCAUUUGGAACUGUGCAGAAUGGCUCAGGAUUAUCGGGAGGAUCUAUUGGUUCCGGUUUUCUUCCAAGGAAUAUCGACAUCAGAGUACGAACAGGUUCAUUGCUGUCCCGGAGAGAGGCAGCUGGUUUACAGCCUCAAGGACCUGGUGUUACUAUAUCUUCCACCAGUGGGAAUUCUGGUCAAGAGGCUGCCGUAGGACUAAACCCAAAUACCUCUACUCAGGAUUCUGAAGUGCGGACAAUUCCUCUCAGGACCAUGAUUGCUGCUGUUCCUGCUUCUGGUGAACAUGGUUCUGAUUCACCUCAUGGUUCAGUCGGAAUGGUAUACCCUGUUUUAGCUAGAGUUCAAAAUGUAACUUCUGGAAAUUCGAAUGGCAUAAGAGCUUCUCAGGAAUCAGAGCAACAUCGUGGUCAGGAUGCUGACACUGAACAACAGACAAUGUCCGGUUCUGCAACACAGCAGCAAAAUAUUGGAGUCCCUGGAAGAAAUGGCAGCGGUACAACUAGUGAAGCAUCCCACAGGCAAGGAUUCGCAGCGCAGAUUCAAAGUGGACUUGGAGAACUGCUGAGGACAAUAUUUCCAGGUGAGCAUAUUUUUGGUGACAGUGUUGGCCCACCUCCAGCUGGAGCAACCCAAGAUUCCAGCGCUUCUCAGGAGGCAGCAGAAACAGCUAGUCGUGAAGGGAUAUUUUUGUCUAAUAUACUACAUCAGAUAAUGCCCAUUAUUCAAGAAAAUAGAGCUGAAGCCUCUAUUGGAGGUGCAAACUCAUCUGAACCCCAGGCUGAUGAAGACCAAUAUCAAGGGGCUUCUUCUAGUCAGCAACGUGGUCCUGAAUCUCAACCAAGUCCGAAACGCCCGAGGGACGAGUAUUUAAAUGCAAUGGCAAGUCUUGUAGAUAAGGAUGUCAAUUGGGCCGAGCCGGCUCCGCUCGUCAAAGCUUGGCUCGAGACAUUAGCGUUGCACAUUAGCCGGGUUGCUACGCCGAACGAGAUCCGAGCGGUGACUCCUGAUGACUUGCUGCUGUUUUCUCUGUUCCAAUCAGUCAGAGGAAUCUGCCUUGCUCAACAAUUAAAGAUAAGAAUUGCUCAUCUUUGUUGCACAAAGGGUAAAGGAAAUCCCAGUCUAGAUGGGCCUCCACCGCCUUGCCCUUGGAGUAUCGUGAGGGAGGUAAAUCACAGGAUGUACCCCCAGCAGACCAGGGAACGAGAGCUUGCCUGUACACUGGCUGGUGCAUUGGUGAAUGCUGGACCAUCCGUUUUUAUAUCAUCAACUGGUCCGAAUCCUAUAAUGGUUCAGCCACUGCCGUUUCAACCAGGAGCAAAUUUUGGGGCAAAUUCAUUUGGAACUGUGCAGAAUGGCUCAGGAUUAUCGGGAGGAUCUAUUGGUUCCGGUUUUCUUCCAAGGAAUAUCGACAUCAGAGUACGAACAGGUUCAUUGCUGUCCCGGAGAGAGGCAGCUGGUUUACAGCCUCAAGGACCUGGUGUUACUAUAUCUUCCACCAGUGGGAAUUCUGGUCAAGAGGCUGCCGUAGGACUAAACCCAAAUACCUCUACUCAGGAUUCUGAAGUGCGGACAAUUCCUCUCAGGACCAUGAUUGCUGCUGUUCCUGCUUCUGGUGAACAUGGUUCUGAUUCACCUCAUGGUUCAGUCGGAAUGGUAUACCCUGUUUUAGCUAGAGUUCAAAAUGUAACUUCUGGAAAUUCGAAUGGCAUAAGAGCUUCUCAGGAAUCAGAGCAACAUCGUGGUCAGGAUGCUGACACUGAACAACAGACAAUGUCCGGUUCUGCAACACAGCAGCAAAAUAUUGGAGUCCCUGGAAGAAAUGGCAGCGGUACAACUAGUGAAGCAUCCCACAGGCAAGGAUUCGCAGCGCAGAUUCAAAGUGGACUUGGAGAACUGCUGAGGACAAUAUUUCCAGGUGAGCAUAUUUUUGGUGACAGUGUUGGCCCACCUCCAGCUGGAGCAACCCAAGAUUCCAGCGCUUCUCAGGAGGCAGCAGAAACAGCUAGUCGUGAAGGGAUAUUUUUGUCUAAUAUACUACAUCAGAUAAUGCCCAUUAUUCAAGAAAAUAGAGCUGAAGCCUCUAUUGGAGGUGCAAACUCAUCUGAACCCCAGGCUGAUGAAGACCAAUAUCAAGGGGCUUCUUCUAGUCAGCAACGUGGUCCUGAAUCUCAACCAAGUCCGAAACGCCCGAGGAGGGAGUGAUCAGAAUUCCGGAUUCUAUGCGUGCUCAUCCUGGUCGGAAUCCUGCUUUUGAGGCCUUUGGCCAAAACUCGAAAUGAUGCUCAGAUGGUAUAGUGAGUUUGAAUGCAUUGGCAGCCGAGACAUUAGAGUGUAAAAUCAUAUAGAAAUUUUCUUUUUUCCCUGAGUUACUCCGUUUCUUCCAUCAUCCUUGCUUUUGUGCUUCUCAAUUGAUUAAUUUUUGUUAUUCUCGCCGGACUCGCACAUUAACCUUUGCACAAUGAAACCCACAUUUCAUUAUGGUCCGGAAAAAUAUAUUACAGAAUAAUGUUUGCCAUUCU